CCGCCCCCAAACACACUAUAGCUAAAAAGCAGAAAAGGGAUUGUUGAGUACGAGUUCGAGUGUACAAGUUAAGUAUGGGUACUGAGCUUCAAGGAAAGUAUCAGAAGCUUGCUCAAGAAUAUGCUAAGCUCAGGUCCCAAGUUGAUGUACUGAAGAAAGCCAUACGUGAUGAGCAAUCAAGCAAAGCACAGCUAGAGGAGGCAGUGAGAGAGAAGACACUGAGUCUGAGGAAGUAUGUUCAAGAAAACGAGAGCCUUGAGUUUCGAAACCAACAGCUUAGCAAGAGAGUGGCUAUGCUGCAGGACGACCUUAGCAGCCCAGCCAGAACAAGGAAGAAAAAGGGAAAUGAUGGAACUGGCAUGUCUGAAGUUCACACACAAGAGCUGGCCGCAAAGAUUUCAGAGAAUGAGCGACUGCAUAUGAAGUUGUUGGAGUUGACUCAGAAGUCUGAGCGUACAAUCUCAUCACUAGAGAAUAAGAUAGCAAACCUGGAGAGGGAGGUGGCCACACAUAAUGUCGGAGCGGAGGAGGUGAACAGGGAACAUUCCCAACUCAUGGAGGUCAUAAAGAACGAUAAAGCAAUGGUUGAAGCACAGCUGGCUGUACAAGUCAGUGAAGUGCAUGAGCUUAGAAAGAAUGUCCAGAGACUGCAGGUUACUACCCACAUUGAGAGCAAACCAGUGGAGAAACCCAGCACAGCUGUAGCUGCAGUUCAUCCCAGUUCUAGGUUGUUUGAAGGCUUGGAUAGCUCUCACUGUUCACUCAACGUGCCGGUAGUAGACACCAAGCUGCAGAAUGAGGUUCUAAGUGCCCUGAAAGGAGGACUGGAACUGUUCUCUACCUUCACCACUCAACUGUCUACAUUCCAUUCCUACCUAGAACAGCGUUGUAAGACUUAUCCAAGGGAUGUGACUGGCGGUGUUCAUAUGUCUGUGAUUAACCAAAAGUUGUGUGAGCUCCUACACGAGUCCUCAUCCUUUACACGACCUCUCCUCACCUCCCUCACCCACUACUGUGACCAUCUCACACAGUCACCCUUCUCUGUUGCUUCAGGUGCUGAACUGACCGAUUUUUCCAACUCCCAUCAAAAGUUUGUGUCCUACCUGGAGACACUUACCCCCUAUCUGCAGCUAAGCCUUGAGGAGGAGAGUGCUGAGAUGAUCUGCGGUCCUCAACUGACUGAGAGCAAUGAGCGUGUGUCUCAGUGCCUCACACACAUAACCAAUGUCUUCCUCUCCAUCCAUGACUAUCUAAACAUCAUCUGCACUGGUCCCUCUACUGGCAUCUCCCCCACCAAUGUGGCUCACUGUCUCAAUAAACUGCAAGUUUGUCUCAAGGAGGCCAGUGAAGAUGUUGCAGUUUUGUCGGAGCAUUUCUCCACCAAGAUUGCUCAAGAGUACACCCUGCCCAUUGCCUCACAGAGGCUGAACACAACCAAUGAAUGCAUUGUGUCCUCUCUCAACGGAAUAAGCUCCACUGCACAACAGUUGAGUGGGUUCCUGCAGUCUAAUAGAGCGCUAUUUAAGUCCUCACUUGAGCAGUCGGCCCUCAGUGCUAACAAAGACGUGCAGUCAGACCAGUCCAGUGUUCUGCAGACACUCAGAAUCAGAGCCACUGGCUAUAUGAGGAACCUCAAUAAUGAGUGUCCCGAGUCCAUUCCGUACACACUAGCUGUGUACAAUGCAAAAUCUCAGUCCAGUUCAUCGGAACGCCAGACAUUCCUACAGCAGGUGACGGCUAAUCAGGACAAGCUCACCAAGUUGGAGCAGGAGAAGGAGACUUUGAUUUUAGACUUGCAGUUACUUAAAGUGAAAUUUGAGAAAGAACAGAAAAAAGUGUUGACUUUGGACGGUUUGUUAGCUCAGGGGAAGACAAGUUCCUCCAACAACCCUACCUCAGCCAACCCACUAUCUCAGGUAACAGCUGCUUCCAACCUUCCGAACAUGCAAGCUCUGUCUGACUCGGUGGGCUGCUUGUCUGCCAGCUCAGCUGAAGGACUAGAAAAGGAACCUUUGGAUGAUAUGUCAAUGGUCAGACAGCACUUUGUGGACAGAAUAACUGAGAUAAGCACACAGGUUCAAGACGCUGACAGCAAAGCUGCCUAUUACUAUACUGAGUGUCGAGGGCUCCACAAACAGUUAGCUCACAGCUCCACACUAAGAACUAAACUGGCUCAAGAUCUGGACACUGCUAGAGAUGCACUACAGCAACUGCAGGAUCAACUGGCUACUACGUCUAAUAGCUAUGAGAAGCAACUGAGUGCAAUGUCAGACCACCUCUGUGAGGUCAAUGACAAGCUGCUCAAACAGUCAGACGAGUUGGAGGUGCUCAAGAAAUCCAGUAAGAGUAAGAGAUGGACAGGAAAAUCGUAGACAAAACAAGACUUAUAUAAUAGUACAUGUGUAGCAGUAGGCACAAUGAAGCUAUAUGCUGUUGUUAGAUCUAUUGUGUGUGUGUGUUCUUCAUAUACAUAAGCAGGUAGAUCUACAUUUUUGGGUGAGAA